UCAAUUCGCCAGCGCCACCCAGAAACCCCAAUUGAGCAAAAUUCCCACCCCCAUUACUCUAAAUCAUUAUCCAAAUCCAAUAUAAAUUCAUCAUGUCGAUUGAUGAAGAACUGGGUUAGAUAAAGAUUCCUUCUUUCUGUCUUUCUUUCUUCUUUUGAGAGAGAAAGAUAGAAAGGGCCGGAGUAAUGGCGGGGUCGGAAGAUAAACAGGAAGAAGAAGAACAGAAAUUGUUGGACGGAGUAGCUACUUUGGAUUUUGACAUGCUCUGUUCUAUGGUAGCCAUGCAAACAGAGGGUAAACGGAGGAUUCUCAACGACGGCGACGAUGAUGAUUUAGACGGCGGCGGCGCCGCCGGAGAAUCAGGUGGUGUUUUCAGGAUGUGGGAAGGUGAACUUCUCGAUUGUUUCGAUGACCGACGUUUAGCUAUUGAAACCGUCUGUUGCCCGUGUUAUAGAUUUGGGAAGAACAUGGAAAGAGCUGGAUUAGGUCAUUGUUUUAUCCAGGGAUUUGUAUAUUUCUCCCUUCUUGCUGUUGUGAUCUUCAAUCUUAUAGCUUUCACUUUAAGCAGCAAACAUUGCUUUCUAUACAUGGGUUUCGGGUUUGCUCUUUCUUUUGGUGCUUAUUUAGGGUUCUUCCGUAGACAAAUUCAGACUAAAUUCAACAUCAAGGAUAAUGACAGUUCUUGGGACGGUUGUAUCUUCCACCUUCUUUGCCCAUGUUGCACCUUAUGCCAGGAAUCUAGAACUUUGGAAAUGAACAACGUUAGAGAUGGGAUAUGGAUUGGUCGUGCAGAUUCCAUUUGUAUAAGCAGCAACAGAUAUGGUGAAAGUACUAAAACAGUCUUUCAACAGCUUCAUCCUCCAGCCAUAGUCUUAGCCCAUGUCUGAAAAAUCAUGUUCAUUUCUCAAAAAACAUAAAACAUUUGUCAAUGUCUAGCUGUUGUACAGUUUUCUACAAUUGUUGUAUGCUUUUUGUUAAACAGAAUUGAUUGAAUGAAAAGGAUACAACAAGUGAAAAAUGAAAUAAAAAAAACAGUUCAUGAUUCAA